GUUCUGUGUUCGCUGCUGUUAAUUCCUUCCACAGAGAUACAUGCCCUUUAAUUGUAAAAGCCGAGGCUAUUCUCUCCUAGUUCUGAAUCUAUCAACACUGCCUGUAGGCUAAAUAGUGCCUAUCAGAUCGGUGUAGUUUGAUUUUGAUGAGCUCUUCCAAGUGGGUGAAUUCACAGUUAAACUUCUGCUUCGACUCUGCACAACUAGAGGCAACAGUUUAAAACGUGGAAAGGCUGCAAGGUUAGACUGAUCUUAUUUCAAGAGGCAUCUGUAUGCUUUUAAAACUAAAACUCCCUUUAAUGGCUCCAAGGUGGUUGUCCCGUGUAAAGUACCUGGUGAUGAAAUGGAAAUUCAUUUUAUUAUUCCUCACGAUCUUCGUCAUCAAUCCAGAAUUGGGCCUCAGUUUCUUCAGGUUUAUGGAAGGGCUUCUUCCCAUGGAUAUGUGCCAUUUGCCCAAAGGAUUUAAAUUAAAACCUGGAAACCAUGUGGAUAAUUACCUGGAUUAUUGGAGCAGAACUGAUGUUCAGACCUGUACAAAAUGGAAAGCUCCGAUCCUUUGGGAUGGGACCUUCAAUCCCACCCAUUAUGAUGAAAUGUACAAGAAUCAAAAUGUUGUUAUUGGUCUCACAGUCUUUGCAGUUGGCAAAUACCUGGACCUGUACUUGGAGACUUUCCUGGCGUCGGCUGAUGAACAUUUCAUGCCAGGAUUCUCGGUCAUAUAUUAUGUAUUCGUAGAUGACUUGCUGAAGUUUGAAAGGUUGAAUCUGCGGCCGAGUGCCAGAAGCAAGGUCAAGAGCUUCCAGGUUAAAGUGCACAAGCGUUGGCAGGACAUUUCAAUGUCUCGCAUGGAGACUAUCAGCAAGCUCAUUGAGGAUCAUGUCCGGCACGAAGCCAGUCAUGUAUUCUGCUUCGAUGUGGAUCAGCGAUUCCAAGGACGCUUCGGCACAGAGACACUCAGCGAGUCGGUGGCUGUCCUGCAUGCCUGGUACUACCGGAGGCCAAAGUUUAUGUACAGUUACGACCACAACCCCCAAUCGGCAGCUUACCUGGGCACCAAGGGGGAUUUCUAUUACCAUGCCGCCGUGUUUGGUGGGACUUGGCAGAGCGUCUGGAACCUGACUGAAAGCUGCUCCCGGGGAAUCCUGCAGGACAAGCAGAAAAAUGUGGAGGCUGUUUGGCAUGACGAGAGCCACCUCAACAAAUACUUCUGGCUACAUAAACCCACCAAGGUCCUGUCACCAGAAUACUGCUGGGACCGCAAGAUCGGAUGGCGAUGGGAUAUCCAUGUGGUCCGAAUGUUGUGGUCCGUAAAAGAGUACGACAUCAGUCGGCAAACGGACUGAACGUUUGGAAAGGAGUUUCUGUUGAUUUUUUAAAAAAUAGUGGAUGGCUUGAGAUCAGGGAAUGAUGAGAGAGGGCAGUGCAUUAUCCCUGUUCUCUCUUGCAAUCUCUGGCUCUAGCUCUUGCUCUCUCAAACACAAACAGUAUGGGUUAGGUAUAUGAUGUACUGGUCCCAAAGUAUGCCUUAACCUCGCAAUCUCAGGAGAUGGUUUGUUAUUUUAGCCAUUGUGACAUUUGCCCCUCCAGACAAGAGCUGGGUCACCUGGGACACCUUAUGGGUCUGCUGACACUACCCUACUCCCUCGGCCUCAGCUGGUGGUCAGAUUGUCAUCCAUUCUUGGCUCUGACUUUACACCUCCCAAGGGUGAAAGGAUAUAGUGGAGAUAGAUGGCUGUUCUUCAGGAUUAUAGAUACUGAAGAGGUACAUGAGCUGUUCAAGAUGAAGUUGAAAGGCAAGUUUAGACAGUGUUUGGAACAAGAGGAAAGCUCACAUGAGAAUCAACAGCCUGAGGACUCACUGAAGGGCUAAUAUCCAGCUACCACUUACUUAAGGAGACUGUGCAUUCUAUGGAUAGUGAUUGACCUUUUACACAAUGACUGGCUGGCUGAUUUAGAGAGUAAACUAGCAGCUGUGAGAAAUCUUACUUUUACUGAUCGCUGUUUGAAACACAUUGAGAUGCUUCGAGCAAUCAAAAUGAAAGAGGACAAGGGCCUUUCAGCUAACAGUCGAAGUCAAGCUUCUUGAAAUCAACUACUUACCUGCCAACCUCUGUGCUACUGCUGUUACCCACUGUAGCAGUCGCAAGGCCCCACUGUCAUUGUGCACUCAAAAACUGAUCCAUAUAUCUUUUUAAAAUUUUUAUUUUUUAACUUGCUUCUUAUUUCUCUGUGUACAUGUUUUGUGUUUUCAUUCCUUUUCACUUUCAAUGACUAAUAAGCUCACUCUUCCAUUAAAAAUAUUUACAAGGAUGUUGCUGGGGUUGGAGGGUUUGAGUUGUAGGGAGAGGCUGAAUGGGCUGGGGCUUUUUUCCCUGGUGUGUUGGAGGCUGAGGGUAACUUCAGAGAAGUUUAUAAAAAAACAUGGGGUAGGGGAGGUGAGGGUGAUGGAUAAGGUGAAUAGAUAAGGUGUUUUUCCCAGGGUAGGGGGGUCCAUAACUAGAGAGCACAGGUUUAGAGUGAGAGGGGAAAUAUUUUAAAAGAUUAAAAAGACAACUUUUUCACGCUGAGUGUGGUGCAUGUAUGGAAUGAGCUGUCAGAGGAAGUGGUGGAGGCUGAUACAAUUACAACAUUUAGAACAUAGAACAUUGGAACAUAGAACAUUACAGUGCAGUACAGGCCCUUUGGCCCUUGAUAUUGCGCUGACCUGUCAUACCAAUCUGAAACCCAUCUAGCCUACACUAUUCCAUGUACAUCCAUAUGCUUGUCCAAUGACGACUUAAAUGUACCUAAAGUUGGUGAAUCUACUACCGAUGCAGGCAAAGCAUUCCAUACCCUUACUACUCUCUGAGUAAAGAAGCUACCUCUGACAUCUGUCCUAUAUCUAUCACCCCUCAAUUUAAAGCUAUGCCCCCUCAUGCUUGCCGUUACCAUACUUGGAAAAAGGCUCUCCCUGUCCACCCUAUCUAACUCUCUGAUUAUCUUAUAUGUCUCUAUUAAGUCACCUCUCAACCUGCUUCUCUCUAACAAAAACAGCCUCAAGUUCCUCAGCCUUUCCUCGUAAGACCUUCCCUCCAUACCAGGAAACAUCCUAGUAAAUCUCCCCUGUAACCUACAACAUCCUUCGUCACUAUCCACAACUCCACUGACCUUAGUGUCAUCUACAAAUUUACUAACCCACCCUUCUAUGCCCUCAUCCAGGUCGUUUAUAAAAAUGACGAACAGCAGUGGACCCAACACUGACCCUUGCAGUACACCACUAGUAACUGGACUCCAGGAUGAACAUUUCCCAUCAACUGCCACCCUCUGUCUUGCUGAACGAAGACAAUUACUGAUCCAAACUGCUACAUCUCCCACAAUGCCAUUCCUCCGCAGUUUGUACAAUAGCCUACUGUGGGAAACCUUAUCGAACGCCUUGCUGAAAUCCAUAUACACCACAUCAACCGGUUUACUCUCAUCUACCUGUUUGGUCACCUUCUCAAAGAACUCAAUAAGGUUUGUGAGGCACAACCUACCCUUCACAAAACCGCGCUGAUUAUAUCUAAUCAAAUUAUUCUUUUCGAGAUGAUUAUAAAUCCUUUCUCUUAUAACCUUUUCCAACACUUCACCAACAACUGAAGUAAGGCUCACUGGUCUAUAAUUGAUUUGGAGAUGCCGGUGUUGGACUGGGGUGUACAAAGUUAAAAAUCACACAACACCAGGUUA